AUGACGGAUACAACGGACCUGACUGUGAGCGGUGAAUCUCUAUCUUAUCCUGAGGACCUCUGCCCGCCAGACAACUUCAACAUGGUCUCAACAUGGAUCUACCGGAGUAGUUUUCCCAAGAAGAAAAACUUUUCGUUCUUGAAGAAACUGGGCCUGAAGAGCAUUUUGACCCUCAUUCUGGAGGAUUAUCCUGACCAGAACAUGAAGUUUCUGAAGGAGAAUAAUGUAACCCUUUUCCAGUUCGGUAUUGCCGGCAACAAGGAACCCUUUGUCCAAAUUCCUGACGACAAGAUCUGCGCUGCCCUGGCCGUCCUGCUCGACCGUCGCAAUCAUCCCAUCCUCAUCCACUGCAACAAGGGCAAGCACCGAACUGGCUGCUUGAUUGGGUGCCUCCGCAAGCUGCAGCAGUGGAGCCACACGUCCAUCUUUGACGAGUACCGUCGAUUUUCGCACCCAAAAUCCCGCUCGAUGGACCAGCAGUUCAUCGAACUGUUUGACAGCCGCGAGGCCUGGAAGGUCAUUGAUCCAAAGUGGAUUCCAGACUGGAAGACCCUUGGUCAUCACGCUGGGAUGUAG